CAGGGGCGGCGGCCGCAGCCGCAGCAGCAGCAGCCGGGGCGGUGGUGGCGGCUGCCGGCAGCUGUCAGCGCCCGCUCCGCCGGCGCCGACCACCGCGGCCCUGCCAGCGCCUUGCGGGGAGCACUGGGUGCGCCGUGGUGCUGACUCGCUUCUUUCUCGCCUUCCCUCCCUCUCUCCGGUCCUCUCUCCCCCCAAAAAAACCCUUUUCCUUCCUCCCUUUCGCCCGCCCAUCGCUGACAUCCUCCUCCGGCCGCCUCCCCGCCCCGGGCUGCGCGGCCCCCGCCGCCCCAGCGAGCGCUGCGCACAUCGCCCGAGCUGCAGCACCGAGCGGUCACCUGCCGUGCCGUAGUCGGAGGCGAUUCAUAUAGACUUAGGUCUUGCCUGGAUUUCUGCACCUCCAAAAUAAGAAUGUAUGAAAACAUGUCCACAAUGGUGUAUUUAAAGGAAGAGAAGUUGGAGAAACUUACUCAAGAUGAAAUCAUUGCCAAAACGAAGCAAGUGAUUAAUGGACUAGAGGCACUGAAGAAUGAACACAAUUCAAUUUUACAGAGCUUACUUGAAACACUGAAAUGUUUGAAGAAAGAUGAUGAAACUAAUCUGGUUGAAGAAAAAUCAAACAUGAUUCGAAAGUCACUGGAAAUGCUGGAACUUGGCCUUAGUGAAGCACAGGUAAUGAUGGCCUUGUCAAAUCACUUAAAUGCAGUGGAAUCAGAGAAGCAGAAAUUGCGGGCUCAGGUUCGCCGGCUAUGCCAGGAGAAUCAGUGGCUGCGGGAUGAACUCGCCAAUACACAGCAGAAACUACAGAAAAGUGAGCAGUCUGUGGCUCAGCUGGAGGAGGAAAAGAAACAUCUAGAAUUCAUGAAUCAAUUAAAAAAAUACGACGAUGAUAUUUCACCAUCAGAGGAUAAAGAUACGGAUUCCACCAAAGAGCCUUUGGAUGAUCUAUUUCCCAAUGAUGAAGAUGACCAAGGACAAGGAAUUCAACAGCAGCACAGCAGUGCAGCAGCUGCUGCCCAACAAGGUGGCUAUGAAAUUCCAGCAAGAUUACGGACCCUACAUAAUCUUGUUAUCCAGUAUGCUUCCCAGGGUAGAUAUGAGGUUGCUGUACCUCUCUGUAAACAAGCUCUUGAAGAUCUGGAGAAGACUUCGGGUCAUGACCAUCCUGAUGUUGCCACUAUGUUGAACAUACUUGCUUUGGUGUACAGAGACCAGAACAAAUACAAAGAUGCAGCAAAUCUCCUGAAUGAUGCCUUGGCCAUCCGUGAAAAGACUUUGGGCAAAGAUCAUCCAGCGGUGGCAGCAACUCUUAAUAAUCUUGCAGUACUCUAUGGUAAAAGGGGAAAGUACAAAGAAGCAGAACCGUUGUGUAAGCGAGCUCUGGAAAUCAGAGAAAAGGUCCUGGGGAAGGAUCACCCUGAUGUUGCCAAGCAGUUAAAUAACUUGGCUUUGCUAUGCCAGAACCAGGGUAAAUACGAGGAGGUUGAAUAUUACUAUCAGAGGGCACUUGAAAUCUACCAAACUAAGCUGGGACCAGAUGAUCCAAAUGUUGCAAAAACAAAGAACAAUCUGGCAUCCUGCUAUCUAAAACAGGGCAAGUUUAAGCAAGCAGAAACUUUAUACAAAGAGAUUCUUACUCGUGCUCACGAACGGGAGUUUGGCUCUGUAGAUGAUGAAAAUAAGCCUAUCUGGAUGCAUGCAGAAGAGAGGGAAGAAUGCAAAGGAAAGCAAAAAGAUGGCACAUCUUUUGGAGAAUAUGGUGGCUGGUACAAAGCUUGCAAAGUUGAUAGUCCAACAGUAACAACUACUUUAAAGAACCUUGGGGCACUUUACAGACGACAGGGCAAAUUUGAAGCUGCUGAAACAUUAGAAGAGGCAGCAAUGAGAUCUCGUAAACAGGGUCUUGACAAUGUUCACAAACAGAGAGUGGCCGAGGUGCUGAAUGACCCUGAGAGCAUGGAGAAGCGGCGGAGCAGGGAGAGCCUCAACGUGGAUGUGGUAAAGUACGAGAGUGGCCCUGAUGGCGGCGAGGAAGUGAGUAUGAGCGUAGAGUGGAACGGGGAUGGCACUGGAUCUCUAAAGCGCAGUGGUUCCUUUAGCAAGCUCCGAGCUUCCCUUAGGCGCAGCAGCGAGAAGCUGGUUAGGAAGCUGAAGGGAGGAAAUUCCCGGGACAGUGAACCAAAGAACCCAGGCAUGAAGCGUGCCAGUUCUCUGAAUGUUCUUAACAUGGGUGGCAAGGCUACUGAAGAUCAUUUUCAAGAACGAAAUAAUUGUCUGACAGACUCGCGAGCUCUGAGUGUCAGUCAUUCUGAUCUGGCGCAUUGAGAUUUGGGACAGAAGCUAGCUAAUAUUCCUGUGUGAAUAAAGAAGCACUGAGACCUUCAAAGCUUUGGUUCCUCAUCCUUGUCUAUAGGAACACCUAGUUUGUAGAUGUUGUUGUUUUUUUUCCAAUGGACUGCUGUUUUUACUUUUUAAAUAGGGACAAUUUUAAACACAGCAUUAGUGAGUGUUUUCUUCUGAGGGAAAACUAUAGAUACAUAUUGCUCGUUGCACUGCCCCUGUUCAUGCUACUUACAUAAAUUUCUUUAAUAGAUCUGACUGUUACAGCAGCCAAAAAAAAAGAGUAAAAGAACAAACACAUUCAAUGCAUAUCAAAAUGCAACAGUGUUGGAAAAUAUAAGCAAACUGUGUGGCAGUAAAUACAUAUAGUGCUGGAAUGAGAAAUGGAUAAAUUUAUGUGCAUUACUGUAAAAAUUCCAGUUCAAGCAUUCUGUAGUGGUGGGGUUUGCCCUUGCACCACUGAUUCUUGUAAUGGUAGAAGCCUUGGCUAGCAAAACAGCACUUAGACAUGACUGACUUAACCACUAGACUGAGCUAUUAAAUCUUACAGAAGUGAUGGCUGGGGGUAAGUUACAUUUAGAAUGAAUAGCAACACCUGUGACCAUAACUUCUGAUAUUGUAAGUCUUAGGGCACAAUAGUCAACGGAUAUAGGAUGGUUUGUUUACAUCAGGAGAAAUGGAAAAAAACCUUUACUUUGUGUGAUUGAAGAAUACUCAAGUUUUUGGACUGCAACUGUCCCAGAGCAGCUGCUGCUGCUUUCAGGGGAGCAUCGAGCCUCAGGUUGACUUCCUCGCUUGUCCACUGGAAUUCACAGUACCAUUCUCUGUUUGCUGAAAGUGCCCAACAUUUCCUUAUGCUGAUCCCAAACCUGCCUUUUCCCACACCAGCUGGUGACAGCAGAAGCAGGCACUGCAUGCCAGGAUGUCACACUGCAGAGUGGCUGCUCUGCAAGGAACCACUCCGUGCUGAGGGCCCUCGUGGAAGCACUCGAUGGCUGUAAGUGACCUGUGUGACCACAUACCCACGUUACAGGUUAAUAUAUAUAUGCUGUCUGUAUUCAGGACUGCUGCUGGAACAAAGUAUGUAUGUAUGUUUUAAGGAUUUUACAGACAUUAGGAUUUCCUUUUGCUUUUCUGUAAAGCUUGUAAUUUUGUUCAUCUUUUGUAAAAAUUCCUAUUUGUGUGAAGUUGGAUGAGAAAGUAAAAAAACCAAGCAGCGUGUGUAAAAAUGUAUUUGUGGUCAUAGUUGUGAGUUGAAAAAUGUCGAACAAAAUUAACUUUGGGGAAAGCUGGAAAAUUCAUUCAAAGUCAGCACCAACUGAAGAAGGUAAAAUAUAGGAACAUAGGCAAGUUUUAGUAUUUGAACAGGCUGUGAAAAGUAAUUAGAAUUAGUACUUAGUAGGAAUUUUUGACUGGGUUUGCACCUGGUUUUAAGUUGGUUACAGUAACUGAUGCAGAAGUUGUCUGUGUAAUGCACUUAACAAUGUUUACCAGGAGGUACCGUCUGAGCAUCUCUGCAAAGGAAGCUGUGCGUGGUGCACCUGCUUUAGAGACAGUGUAGGAAUGGUGAGAGAUGAUGCUGCUAAUAAUUUUGUAGAAGUUUUAGCACAUAGUGCAAUUCAUUAAUGAACUCGAGCAGGAACAGGUUGUUGCUCGGUUUUCUUAACAGUAGAUACUCAUAUAAUGUUGACUCUUGAGUUUUAAUCUUUUUAUUAAGAGCUUUUUAUAUUAAAAAAUAUGUAAUAUAUAUACUUCUUUUUUCCCCCCUAAAGUAAAACGUGCUCUAUGCCCCUGCUGGCUAACUGGGCUCUCUGCACAAAGGCAGACUGAGCUGGAUUUGCUGAAAGAACCGUGUCAGGCUGCCAGGCCAGGGGUGCCCAUGUGCAGCCCACACCCCACUUGGAGUCUGGCUUCCCAAAAAUACCCACAGAACUAUUCAGACACAAAACUGUUUUGGUAGUAAGGAAUUACUUAAACUGAAGGAUGUGAUUCCCACAUUCAUCUUUCAGCUUUGAAGUGGAAUGAUUUUUUGUAACCUCUCAAACCCCCAACCCUGUGUAAAUAAGCAAUAAAUUAUGUAACCAUGCCAAAUGACAAUGUACAGUAAGUUUCAAAGUGCAAGACUCUGGUAUGUUGAUGGUGAUAGUGAGGGAAUUUUCCUGGUCAAGAUCUUGCUGGUGGUGGCAUUACUAAUACUGUGCUUCUGAAUGUUUUAAUCCUUUAUAUAAUAUUUUAAAGUGUGAUGGAAGGUUAAGUUGUUGAGCUAAUGUAUAUUAAAUAACUUUUAUAUUUAUAAGGUUCAUUUUUUUUUCUGAGAAGAAACAAAUUUCAAGACUUCUUUAACCCAUAAAUCCUUGAGAAUGUAGCCAAGUCCUUACUGUUAGGAGCCAGUGAGUGUUAGCAGUUUGAGAACUUCUAAAAAAACAAAAACCAACUUAAAGUCAACAUUUCCUGUUUUUGAAGCAUGGAUAAGUUACUGUCAGGACAUGGUUUAUGUACAUUUGUAUUUCAGAUGGGCUUCUCAGUUCACUUUUACACAGGAUUUUCUUUCUGGAUUUUUCUUUUGUAAGGUUGUAGUUAUAGCUAAGAAUCUGCAUAAAGAACAUAUCCAAAAUAUCCAGUUGUAUGAUUCUGGGGUGUCUUCAGCACCAAACUAAAUCAACAGCUCUUGAUGAAACAGAAGACUGGAAAAGACCUUCAAAAUUGACAGAUACCUUGUUAGGAGAACUGCAACCUUGGUAGUGCAGUUGUGUUUUUAAUCUGGCAUUUUUGUCCUUGACUAAAAUUUUAAGGGUGAACUCGAAUAAAAAUGUCACGAGGACUCCACGUUAGGCCUCAGAUUCUCCCACAGCCAGUGGUGAGUCUGGGUGUACAGCAGGAUGUGGGAUGAAUCAUACAUGGAAUUGUUACUGAUGGAAAGGUCCCUGUUGCCCUUCUGUCUCUGGCUGUGUGCUAUAUUAGUAAUAUUUGGUCUUGAGUUUAGAUCUUACUAAAUAGUCUUGUAAAAUGUAAUUGUUUCAUGAUUUGCUCCUCUUCUGGAGGAGUAACUGACCUGUUGUGGUGUGUCUGCACUUACACAAUGCAAAAAGAGUCAGUUAUCUACAGUUUGUACUUUUUCUUACAGUAAAUGACACCUUCAUCCCCCAAGCACUCCUGAAUCACAGUAAAUUAAAACUGUUUGGAGCUUGAGAAGUAUUUGUACUUAAAUUGUAUCAUUUGAAUCCAGAGAUUUUGCAAAUGGUGUGGUUCUGUUGUAAAUAUCUAGUAAAAGGUGUGUGCAGUGCUGCAUUGACAGUUGUGUUUACAGUAGUUGAUGAUAGUUGGUUUUUGUUACGUAGGUCACGUGUUGUGUCUGGAGCCUGCUAAGAGAGUGGCAUUUUUGGUCAUGUUAGUCUGUACUGAGAGAAUAAAUGUUAACAGAUGUGAUGCUGACAAGUUUAGUUUCAUUGUCAUCGAUUUACAGAAGUACACGGGGGGUGUGUGUGUAAAUAUUUAGAAUUGAGGAGUAUCUCAAACAUCUACAUUGGAUUAUUUUUUUCCCCUAAAACCAUUCACAAUUGUGCCAGUAUACUGAAUAGUUAAGGUCAGUUGUUAAAAAACCUGAAACAACAAAGCAAGAAGCCAAACAGACUGUGGGGGUCUGGUAGAGGUCCAAAGGCCCACGCUGGGGGGGUGCUUGUGCUCACAGUGAAGUUGCAACACUUCCUUGGUUACAUCUGCUUUUAAAUGAGAAAUAUUUAGGGAACCAUAGUUUCUCAAGUGUCAUUUAAGAUUUCUUUUCCAAGUGUAGAAGAAUGUUUAAGUAGUCUUGCAGGUUAAAGACUUAAUGCAUUCUAGACUGUAAAUCUUCUUUGUAAAAACUACUUCCUUUUUUUUCUUGUAUAGAAUACAAAUCACAGUUGUGAAACCCAAAGAUGAAUAAAGCUCUAUAAAGGGAA